AUGGGAGAUGCGGCUGUUGCGGUCAUUGUGAAGGAGGUGGUGCGGAUUCUGGCUUCUGUAGCUAACCAAGAGCUUGUUCUACUCAGGGGACUCGAAGGCGAUAUUUUGAGUCUCCAGAAUGAUUUCGAGCAGAUCCAAGCUGUUCUUCAAGAUGCGGAAGAGAAACACGUCAAGAAUAACGUUGUAAAAGUAUGGCUUAAGCACCUCAGAUCAGCAUCCUUGGAGGUAGAAAAUGUGCUGGACGAGAUCUCAACUGAAGCGUUGCUACAAAGCCUAUACAAAAAAAGAAUCAAAUUCAGGGUAAAAGCCUUCUUCUCUCCCGAUCAUAAUAAAUUUAUGUCCCGUCUUAGGAUUGCUCACAAAGUUAAAGACAUAAGAAAGAAACUGGGUGACAUUGCAUUUAAGAGAUUUGAGUUAGGUUUGAUCCCUUCGGGUGCUAUAAGUGAUGUAGAGGAUAUGGUAGUUGAAAAUGAGAUGCCAAAUAGAGAAACUAGCUCGCUGAUACAUGAUUCUUCAAUUAUAUUUGGAAGAGAUGAAGAGAUGGAGAUGGUGACUAAAGCGAUAUGUAACCAAGAUGUCGGAAAUGGUGAGGUUCCGGUGUAUUCUAUAUGGGGUAUGGGAGGUUUGGGAAAGACCACUUUAGCUCAGUUAGUUUAUAACCAUGAAAGGGUGAAGCAAUGUUUCGAGUUAAAAUGCUGCAUCUACGUUUCUGAAAAGUUCCAGGUUAAGGAGAUAAUGAAAAAAAUCAUCGAGUCCAUAGAUGAUCGUGGGUGCACACUUACAUUGCUAGAUAAGUUGCAAGAGUCCCUUCAAAGCAGGUUAGGGGGGAAGAAAUUUCUGGUUGUACUAGAUGACGUUUGGGUUGAAGAUGAUGAAAAUGAAAAGAGCAUGUGGGAGGAGCUAAGAAAAACAUUAAGGUGUGGGGCAGAUGGGAGUAUUGUUGUGAUGACAACACGAUCACAAGCAACUAGUCAAAUGUUUAGUAAGGUUCCCAAGUUACAACAUAAACUGGGAUGUUUAUCAAGAGAUGACUCGUGGUCACUAUUCAAAAAGCUUGCAUUUGCACCCGGAAGAGAGAGAGAUAACAUAAAUGAGCUAGAGCCUAUUGGAAGGGAGAUAGUUGAGAAAUGUAAAGGACUACCUCUAGCAGUGAAGACCUUGGGUAGCUUAAUGUGGUCGAAAAGUAGUACAAGCGAUUGGCAACAUGUGAAAGACAACAACUUAUGGGAUUUGGAUGAAGUUAAAGUCGUGCCUGCUAUUUUGAAGUUAAGCUAUGAUAAACUGCUUCCACAUUUAAAAAGAUGUUUUGCUUAUUGUUGUUUGUUUCCUAAAGGUUGGGCAAUGAAAAAGGAUAUACUGAUUUCAUUGUGGGCGGCAAAUGGUUUCAUUCCACCCAAAGGAGGGAAAGACUUGUAUAUGCUUGGGGAAGAAAUUCUUAACUGCUUUGUUUGGAGGUCAUUCUUGCAGGUUGCUAAACUUGACUUUUGGAGUGGUAUUUAUAAAAUGCAUGAUCUGAUGCAUGACAUGGCACAUGAUGUGAUGGGACAAGAUUGUUUAGUUAUAGAGCCUGCAAAUAACAAGGUUGAAAUACCAAAUGGGGUGCUUCAUUUGAGCUCGUCAUGCCCCUUUCAGUUUUCUUAUGGGGAUUUAGGAAAGUUAACAUCGUUAAGGUCAAUAUUCAUGUUCAGGGACAGGGACGUGGAUGAACGUAGCAAAAUUUUCAAGCAAGCUUAUCUAAGGGUAUUACACAUGACUGAUUCUAGAGCAAGGACAUUCCCUGAAUCGGUUUGUAAACUCAAACAUCUAAAAUACUUGUAUUUACCAGAUACAAGUAUAAAAGUUUUACCCGAGUCAAUUAUGUAUCUCCAAAACUUGGAAUACUUGAACUUAUCAGGUUCGAGUAUAAAAGUUUUACCUAAGUCAAUUAUGUAUCUCCAAAACUUGCAAUACUUGAAUCUAUCAUACUCAAAUAUAGAAUUUUUACCUGAGGGGAUUACUUAUCUCCAAAAGUUGCAAAUGCUAUAUUUGGGUAGUUGUCAUUCACUGCGUAAGUUGCCUGAUGGCCUGAAAUACAUGAGAAAUCUUCAUUGUUUAGACAUCAAUUAUGUUUCACUCACACAUUUUCCAGUAGGAAUCAAAGAAUUAACCAGUCUGCGAACACUUUCAAACUUUCCUGUUGGUAAAGGGUAUGGGGCCAAAAUAGGGGAAUUGGGGGAUUUAAAUCUACUUGAGGGCAAGUUGUCGUUAGAACGGCUUGAGAAUGUUGGAAGUUUAGGAGAAGCCAAGAGUGCCAAACUUGAAUGCAAAAGAAAUUUGUUGGAUUUGGUGUUGGGUUGGUCUACAAAUAUGCAGCCAGAAGAGCGUGUAGAUGAAGAGGUUCUGUGA